AUGGCUUCGGCUUCUACUUCUGCAACAUCAACGGGCAGUCUUGACUCGACGGUUAGCUCAACAUCUCAUUCAACGUGCGAAGGUGAAUCUUGCACUCUAUUAGCGAUGGUCCAAUGUCAUCAUUGUCCAAAACAUGUUUGUCUCAAACAUUUAAUUCAACAUAAUGAUUUGAAUAUCACUCGUACACACUCGCUGUCUGAUGAUAUCAAUUUAUUAACACUAAUGCUAAGUAAAAUCGAUUCAACACAAUCUCUUAACGAAGCAAAAGAAACAUUAGAUCAAUGGAAAACAAAAAUGUUAUUUGAUAUUCAAGUAACCUAUGAUUACUAUUCGAACGAAAUUAGUCUCUUAAAUCUUGAAUUAAAACAACGUAUCGACAUUCUUAAAGAAAAUAAACGUCAAAAAUUGUCACUUUUACAAGCACGAAUCUCAGCAUUACAAAAAACCGGUGAAAUUUCAUAUCAACAAUUGCAGCCUAUCGAACAUGAUCUAGAACAAUUACGUAAAUGUUUAGAAUCCAUUAAAUGUCAUGUACAAAUCGACACUAAAGAUGUUAACAUUCAACAACUAAUUCAAUGUAAAAAUGUGUUUAAGUAUGAUGCAUUGAAUGAAUCGAAUCAACAAUUAGUACCAUACAAAGUGAUACAUACAGAAAAUUUGAAAAAAUUUGUAACAAGUAAACGGUAUGAAUCUGUUCUAUGGUUAGACAACAAGAAACAGUUAUCGCUUAUUGAUGAAAAAUUUCAAAUGCGCACCAUACAUGUACCAACAACAUCUCAGAAUGUGCCAUCUGGUGUUGCUCAAUCAAAAGAACAUGAUAUUGUCGAUAUGAAAUGGUGUUCAUCUGGUAAUGUGUAUCUUUUAGUGUUUCCACGUCACAUAUAUUCGUAUGAUCCAAAAUCAAAUAAAUCUGCUCUCAUUUCUCAUAUUAAUCGCCAUAAAGAUUAUCCAUAUCGUUGUAUUGCUUGUUUCAAUGAUAAUAUAUUCAUUAGCUAUUGUGUAUUUGGUAUUUGUGUUGAAAGUUGGAAAUAUCCUCUUACCUCCAUACCUACGACGGUAGGACCGCUUCGUCGAUGGGAUCGUUUAGCCACUGAUAAAACCGAAUGGAUAUCUCAAAUGGAUAUAAACGAAACAACAAUUGCACUUGUAAUUCGUACUGCAUCAUCUACCAUUACUCGAUUUGAAAUUCGUGAUGAGACAUUGACACUGAUUCGACAAGUACAACUAGAGGAUAGUAUUGAUUUAAUGUGGCCAUAUAAAAAUAUUUGGUAUUUAAAAACAAUGAAUGGAAAAUUUUUUACAUACUCAAAUGACACUAGUCAGUUAGAGCCAAUGACACAAAUGGAAUGCACAAAUGGAAUUGGAGAAUAUGGUCCUAAUACAUUAAUUAUUGGAAAACAAAAUGAAUUAGUCUUCUGUGAUACAUAA